AUGCCGCGCUCUACCCUCUCCCUUGAAUCUCUCAGCUCUCCAUCCCCAUCCCCCCCACCCACCGAGCCAGCACUCGCCCCACGCAAACUUCCCAUCCCACUUGACCAGCCCACCACUGGCCUCGACAGCGACUCGGAGUUGUCGGAGCUUACGGAUGAAGAACAGGACGCUACAGAGAAGCGAACCACGACAGCCACUGCCAUGCCAGACCGGGAAGACGAUGAGGGUGCUGGCAUCACCGGGGGAUCACGUUCCAAGUCGACGAGUCUCCGCCAGGGGAGACCUCAACGUCCUUCCAAUCGACGGGGAGGUCGGAAGAAGCGUAGCAGCAUCGUCCCUGCCCCGAUGUGGGGCUGGGUAGAAAACAAGACUGCUACUAUUGCGCAAGAGGAAGAGGAGGAAGAUGUAGCUGACCCUCCGCGUGCUAUGGAGGAAGAAGAAGACGAAGAGAUGCGCCAAGAGGAAGAAGAAGAGUUGGAAGGUGAGGAGGACGACGAUGAGGAGGAUGAAGACAGUGAGCGUGGCCCUCGCCGUCGUAUGGGUCCCUAUAUGAUCUCUAGGUUGCCUGGUAUCAGGCGUAACCACAUUUUACCCCAGCUUCGUCGGCAACCCUCUUCUCAUGAUGAUGACGACGACGAGGGCGAGGAUGUCGCGGAUGAUCCGCCUGCUGUCAACGGCACGGCUGCUGUUGAUGAAGAGGACGACGAGGAAUACGGAUCUGGAGAAGAUGAUCCUCCGUAUACCGCGAGGAGCACUGUUUCUCGAGGUCGGCCUCCAGGGCGUUCUGCGGGUCAAUUGCGUUCUGCACGCGUUGCCUUGCCUUCAACCGAAAACACCAAUAACACUGAAACAGGGAACGAUAGCGAAGCGGAAGAGGAUGACGAUGAGGACAACGCUAGCACGAAGAAUGACACGAAAGCUGUUGUUGAUGAAGACGACGACGACGACGAAGAGGACGUUUCCGAUGCUGAACCUGUCCCAGCAGAGGAUCCCGAGAGCGGGAAUGAAACCGUGUCAGAGGACGAGGAUGGGAAAGAGUCUACAGUUGAGAGACCGACAACCCACAUUUCAUCGAGUGCUACCUCUCCGUCCAAGCUUCCGAAGCCUGUUUCCCCGACUGCAACAUCCCAUUCCGUUGACGCCACACUAAUUUUGCCCAAGGAUAUCAUCCCAAUCGCUGUAACUGCAGCAGCUUCGUCUAUCAUGGCUGGCUCCAGCGUUCUUGAACCUGCUUCCCCCUCCCCGUCCUCGUCUGCAUCUGUCUCGCGAGCAUCAUCGCGCUCCCCUUACGUUGCACCGUCAGCCAAAGCUUCCGAGUGUGCUGAUCCUGAUGACGACAAGGAAACCACUUCUAAAACUACCAGAGGCAAGGGAAAACGCAAAGCACCAGCGUCUGACAAGGCAGAGGCCGAGAGCCAUCAGUCGGCCGCUGGUAACUCGAAAGCGAAAGCCAAAGACCUUCCACCGCUAGACCUUGACAUAGAGAUGCGUGAGGGGGACCAGGACGAACUCGAUCGCUCUGCGGGGGAUAUUGAGGUGGAAGAACCGUCGCCUGACGAUGAUCUCGAAAUUGAGUCGGAUCUCCAACCUGCUCACAGGGCUGAGGCCCUAGAUGUUUUGGCGACGAUUGAACUCAAGUUUGCUUUGCUGAGAGAGCGGGUUUACGUGGAGAAGAUGGAAACUUUGGCUUGGGAAGAGGCCUUGGUGAACGACGGUUCGCACCCUGAACUAAUACAUCUUCAAAAGGAACUUCGAAAACGCAGAGAUAAACGCCUCGAACUUGCGUCAAGAAAACGCACUUAUGAGACCGUCAACGUUACGAAACGAAGACGCGUCGACGAGGAAGCAACUUGGAGUUGGUGGAAGGUUGCUAGAGAUGAACUACAGACCGAUAUGAUUUCUGAGACGAAUAGGAAACGCAGGCGUUUGGAGAGAGAGCGCAGAGCUGUUGAGCGACCUCAACCUGUGCGCCGGAUACCAAACCCACCCACGGAAACCCUCCCUCCUCCGUCUCUUCGUAAAAUUGUCAAGAAUUUCCCCUUCAACAGUCGCCGUAAAACGGAUUACCUCCACCCAGGCCCCAAACAACUCAUCUACCCCGAGCUAUCUACGUUGUCAUCAGACGACAUUGCCAACGACCUGAACUUCCUGAACCAAAAUCGACGUCAUUCUUACGAAUCUCAUCGACAUUCUACUGUUAACAUGAAUGUCCAGAUGGCCCCGCCCUUGCAUUCGAUUGAUUACAACCAGCAUGGAGGCGAGAUUCCUGGUGGGUUUGGUGGAGCGAAUCGAUUGCCACCACCCCCGCAACUCGUUCAGUAUCAGCACCACGGUCCUUCACCUGGAGGAAACGCGCCCCCUCACAGCAGCUACUCUUCCUAUAAUGGAUCAUCAGGUCGUCACCACCCUCCAUCGAAUCCCCCACCUAAUGUCCACAACCACUCUCACAAUCAUAAUCCAUACCCGAAUGAUCAUGAGAUGGGUGGAAUUGUAAACGGGCCAGCUCACCAAGGGCACCAGCUUUUACCGCACCACCCUUACUUUGGUUCAGGAAGUGCAGGUGGGCCAGCUAAUGUGUAUCCUCCCAUUGCUCAGCACAAUGGUCGCCGUUCAAUAUCGCCUGUCAACCUGAUGCCCAAUGGGUCAGGGAAGCAGAAUGGGACCUGGAUGGGGGCUGGCAUGGGGAUGGGAGGCUUUCAUUCAACUCCCAAGAGUGAUUGGAUGGACCCCCGGAGGAACGAGUUGGACGAUGAGGAGCGCGCUUUGAGGGAGCGAGAUAAGCGUGAGCGGGAACUACGAGAACGCGACUUGCGUGAUCGUGGACAUAGGGAAAGAGACCAUAGGGAUAGGGAGGCCCACGAAAUGGAGCUGGAGAGGCAACGUGAGCAGUAUCAUAUGCAGCAGCAUCUCCACCGCCAGCCGCCACCGUCGUCAGGACAUCCACACCUUCAUCAAGGUCCUCCACCUCCCCCGAUUCCCCAUCAUCAUCAUCACCGUGCUCACCACCAUCACGUGGUGCACCACCACCACGGACAGUCACAAUCAGGGCAUGGAUCAUCUUCUUUGCCUCCUGGGGGUCCUAUCUUGGAUUAUGAUGACGGACGGCCUCAUUCGGGUCACAGCCACCCUGCAGAAGUUAUCAAUAUUUCGUCAUCUAAGUCAAUACCAUCUCACUUGAAAGGUGACGAACAUCAUCCUCCUUCUGACUACAGAGAUGGAAGGAGACAGCACACACGACAUCCUUCUGGUCCGGAAGAUCGUGAACGACCGUUGGCAACGCCGUUCGUCAUGGGUUCUUCCCAUCCCUCUAAUGUCCACUUGAAUGGUACAUCAUCUCCUCGACCAACCUGGAAUCCGUCUGAAGAGAAUUCUUUUCGCAUGUCCUCUUCGUCGUCCGCUCCAGCAGGAUAUCUAAGCGCUCAUGACGGACCUACCCACUCACCAAGUCACCGUUACACAAAUUCAACCGGUGCGCAUCUUGGACGUGGUCCUCCCCCCGUCUCGUCUUCCUCCCUCCAAAAUAGCGUUGGCUUGUCUCCACCUCGCAAUAGACCUUUACCGCCCCCCAGUCCUUCAGCUUCGUCUUCGAAUUAUCCCAACCCAAGCUCCCACCACUCACCUAGAUAUGGGCCACCACCACCUUCCAAUCGAUCACCCGUCAACCUCAAAAUGCGCCCACCGUCGCCUCUUUCCUCUAAACUUAAUGCUGGCCCUCCUUCUGUAUACAACCCCUCACUAGCUGGACCAGGACGGACCUCCACCCCCACGGGUCACCACCCAUCAAGUGGAUCCCACAUUUUAUCGGAUAUGAAAAAUGGAACUGCGCCCCUUUAUCCUAUUACCAGUCGGACUGCAUCUCCGCUGACUGCAUUCCCGCCAACAUCAUCCCAUCCCAAUAUAGCGACUGUGUUGUCCGGAAGACCAUCGACGAAUGGUGCCGAUCGGGAUCGGGAAAGAGAGAGGGAUCGCGAUCGUCAUAUUUCUCCAAGGGUCGGUAUGUUGCCUCCACCGCCCUCGAAAUUAAGUGUUCCUCAGCUGGUUGAUGGUCAUUGA